AUGAUAAAAAAUCUGUCACAAAAGUAUGCAAACAUCACACAAGAGUCCAUUAAUCUGUUCAAGGCUGGAUACAUUGAGUGUCAGAAGAAAAAGAGACGACCUACCACUAAAGGGACAGUUGUACGACCAAUCCUGACCAAAGAAUUCGGAACACGAGGCCAAGUUGAUCUCAUUGAUAUGCAAUCAAUGAAGGGGCGAUUUUCUUGGAUUGUGGUGUACCAAGACCAUUUGACAAAAUUCAUUGUUCUUCGACCACCUACAUCAAAGCGUGCAGUAGAGGUAACCUAUCAACUUUUGGACAUUUUUCUGUUGUUCGGUGCUCCUCACAUUUUGCAAAGUGACAAUGGGUCAGAAUUUACUGCACAAGUCAUCGAAGAAUUGAAAGUGAUGUGGCCCUCACUUAUUAUGGUCCAUGGAAAGCUCAGGCACCCUCAAAGCCAGGGGUCAGUAGAAAGAGCGAAUGCUGACAUCAAGGAUAUGCUGACAGCCUGGCUUGCUGACAAUGAAACCACUGACUGGACUGAGCAAGCGGUUAUGGCGCCAGGUUUGGAUACUUCCGGAUCAUCAUUACUGGAUGCUGCUACUUCUCUGCCGGUUGGACCAGAGGAAGCAGGACCUCUGUUGCUUGUCUUCCAGGAUGAAACUUCCGGAUCAGCAUCACUGACGCCUGCUUAA